AGGAGAAGGAGAAGGAGGCGGAGGCGGAGGGAGGAGGAAGCCCCGUCGCGGCCUCCGCCGCCGCUAACGGGGCUGUCCCUGUACCUCCCGAUGGAGUUUGAGGCCGUGAAGCCGCCGCCGAGCUCUGCCCCGGCGAGACGAGGCGCCUCCGUCGCCGAGCCGCGCGGUCGCGGGGCUCCCGGGAGCGGCCCUUAGCGACCCCGCCCGGUCCCCCUCAGCUUACAAAACACUACCCAGCAAAAUAAUGAUCUGCUAGACUGCUAACCCGAGCAUCCAGCUUCCACAAUGCCUGUGCAGGCAGCUCAAUGGACAGAAUUUCUGUCCUGUCCAAUCUGCUAUAAUGAAUUUGAUGAGAAUGUGCACAAACCCAUCAGUUUAGGUUGUUCACACACUGUUUGCAAGACCUGCUUGAAUAAACUUCACCGAAAAGCUUGUCCUUUUGAUCAGACUGCCAUCAACACAGACAUUGAUGUGCUUCCUGUCAACUUCGCACUUCUCCAGUUAGUUGGAGCCCAGGUACCAGAUCAUCAAUCGGUAAAGUUAAGUAAUUUAGGUGAGAACAAACACUAUGAGGUUGCAAAGAAAUGUGUUGAGGAUUUGGCACUCUACUUAAAACCACUAAGUGGAGGUAAAGGUGUAGCUAGUUUGAACCAGAGUGCACUGAGCCGUCCAAUGCAAAGGAAACUGGUGACACUUGUAAACUGUCAACUGGUGGAGGAAGAAGGUCGUGUAAGAGCCAUACGAGCAGCCCGUUCACUUGGAGAAAGAACUGUAACGGAACUAAUAUUACAGCACCAGAACCCUCAGCAAUUGUCUGCCAACUUAUGGGCUGCUGUCAGGGCUCGAGGAUGCCAGUUUCUAGGGCCAGCUAUGCAAGAAGAGGCCUUGAAGCUGGUGUUGCUGGCAUUAGAAGAUGGUUCUGCUCUCUCAAGGAAAGUUCUGGUACUUUUUGUUGUGCAAAGACUAGAACCAAGAUUUCCUCAGGCAUCAAAAACAAGUAUUGGUCAUGUUGUGCAACUACUGUAUCGAGCUUCUUGUUUUAAGGUUACCAAAAGGGAUGAAGACUCUUCCCUGAUGCAGCUAAAGGAGGAAUUUCGGAGUUAUGAGGCUUUACGCAGAGAACAUGAUGCCCAAAUUGUUCAUAUUGCUAUGGAAGCAGGACUCCGUAUUUCACCUGAGCAGUGGUCUUCACUUCUAUAUGGUGACUUGGCGCAUAAAUCACACAUGCAGUCUAUCAUUGAUAAGCUGCAGUCUCCAGAAUCAUUUGCAAAGAGUGUUCAGGAAUUGACAAUUGUUUUGCAACGAACAGGUGACCCAGCUAACUUAAAUAGACUGAGGCCUCAUUUAGAGCUUCUUGCAAACAUAGACCCUAAUCCAGAUGCUGUUUCACCAACUUGGGAGCAGCUAGAAAAUGCAAUGGUAGCUGUUAAAACAGUGGUUCAUGGCCUUGUGGACUUCAUACAAAAUUAUAGUAGAAAAGGCCAUGAGACACCUCAGCCUCAGCCAAACAGCAAAUAUAAGACUAGCAUGUGCCGAGAUUUGCGACAGCAAGGAGGGUGUCCACGAGGAACAAAUUGUACUUUUGCCCAUUCUCAGGAAGAGCUUGAAAAGUAUCGAUUAAGGAACAAAAAGAUCAAUGCAACUGUAAGAACGUUUCCUCUUCUAAAUAAAGUUGGUGUAAACAACACUGUCACAACCACAGCCGGAAAUGUCAUUUCUGUCAUAGGAAGUACUGAAACAUCGGGGAAAAUUGUUCCAAGUACAAACGGAAUUUCAAAUGCAGAAAACACUGUUUCCCAGCUAAUUCCACGUAGUACUGACAGUACAUUAAGAGCUCUGGAGACUGUGAAGAAAGUGGGGAAGGUUGGCACUAAUGGUCAGAGUGCUGCUGGGCCUUCUGCAGAGUCUGUAACUGAAAAUAAAAUUGGUUCUCCACCCAAGACUCCUGUAAGUAAUAUAGUGGCUACCUCAGCUGGGCCCACUAAUGUUGGAACAGAGCUGAAUUCUGUGCCUCCAAAAUCCAGCCCAUUUGUAACUAGAGUACCAGUAUAUCCUCAGCAUUCUGAAAACAUUCAGUAUUUUCAAGAUCCGAGGACUCAGAUACCCUUUGAAGUCCCACAGUACCCACAGACAGGAUACUACCCACCACCUCCAACAGUACCAGCUGGUGUGGCUCCCUGUGUUCCUCGCUUUGUGAGGUCCAAUAAUGUUCCAGAGUCCUCCCUCCCACCUGCUUCCAUGCCAUAUGCUGAUCAUUACAGUACAUUUUCGCCUCGAGAUCGAAUGAAUUCUUCUCCUUACCAACCUCCUCCUCCGCAGCCGUAUGGACCAGUUCCUCCAGUACCUUCUGGAAUGUAUGCUCCUGUGUACGACAGCAGGCGCAUCUGGCGCCCACCUAUGUACCAACGAGAUGACAUUAUUAGAAGCAAUUCUUUACCUCCAAUGGAUGUGAUGCACUCGUCUGUGUAUCAGACGUCUUUGCGGGAAAGAUAUAACUCAUUAGAUGGGUAUUAUUCAGUGGCUUGUCAGCCACCAAGUGAGCCAAGGACAACUGUGCCUUUACCAAGGGAACCUUGUGGUCAUUUGAAGACCAGUUGCGAGGAGCAGAUAAGAAGAAAGCCAGAGCAGUGGGCACAGUACCACACUCAGAAAGCACCUCUUGUCUCUUCAACUCUUCCUGUGGCAACACAGUCACCAACACCACCUUCUCCUCUAUUCAGUGUAGACUUUCGCACUGAUUUCUCUGAAAGUGUGAGUGGCACAAAAUUUGAAGAAGAUCAUCUUUCCCAUUAUUCCCCCUGGUCUUGUGGCACCAUAGGUUCCUGUAUAAAUGCUAUCGAUUCAGAGCCCAGAGAUGUAAUUGCUAAUUCAAAUGCUGUGUUAAUGGACCUGGACAGUGGAGAUGUUAAGAGAAGAGUGCAUUUAUUUGAAACUCAGAGAAGGACAAAAGAAGAAGAUCCAAUAAUUCCUUUUAGUGAUGGACCUAUCAUCUCAAAAUGGGGUGCAAUUUCUAGAUCUUCCCGUACAGGUUACCAUACCACGGAUCCUGUCCAGGCCACUGCUUCCCAAGGAAGUGCGACUAAACCUAUCAGUGUAUCAGAUUAUGUCCCUUAUGUCAAUGCUGUUGAUUCAAGAUGGAGUUCAUAUGGUAAUGAAGCUACGUCAUCAGCACAUUAUAUUGAACGGGACAGAUUCAUUGUUACUGAUUUAUCUGGUCAUAGAAAGCAUUCCAGUACUGGAGACCUUUUGAGCAUUGAACUUCAGCAGGCCAAGAGUAACUCGUUGCUUCUUCAGAGGGAGGCCAAUGCUCUGGCCAUGCAACAGAAGUGGAAUUCCCUGGAUGAAGGCCGUCACCUUACCUUAAAUCUUCUAAGCAAGGAAAUUGAACUGAGAAAUGGAGAGAAUGAUUAUACAGAAGAUGCAGCUGAUACUAAGCCUGAUAGGGAUAUAGAGUUAGAGCUUUCAGCACUUGAUACUGAUGAACCUGAUGGACAAGGUGAACAGAUUGAAGAGAUCCUGGACAUACAGCUUGGUAUCAGUUCUCAAAAUGAUCAGUUACUGAAUGGAACAGCAGUAGAAAAUGGGCAUCCAGUCCAGCAACACCAAAAGGAGCCCCUGGAGCAGAAGAGACAGAGUUUAGGUGAAGACCAUGUGAUUCUGGAGGAGCAAAAAACAAUUCUGCCGGUAACUUCUUGCUUUAGUCAGCCACUCCCAGUGUCCAUUAGCAAUGCGAGUUGCCUCCCUCUUGCCACAUCUGUCAGUGUUGGCAACCUCAUUCUGAAAACUCAUGUUAUGUCUGAAGAUAAAAACGACUUUUUGAAACCUGUUGCAAAUGGGAAGAUGGUUAACAGCUGAAAAGAGGUUCAUCUUUCAAAUCUGUGACCAUACCAUGGAAGCAUUUACACUAGCUUUUUAUAUAUAUAAUAUAUAUUAUAUAAUGUAUAUUUUUUUUAAAAAAAAAGAUAUUACUGGGGGCAUCCAUUUCCUGUGGACUCUUUGAUACUUCAAGCCCUCUUGCAUUAGCAUUAUGAAAAAAAAAAAGAAAAUUUACUUUACUAGGGUAACACGUUCACUUUCCAGAAGUGAUUGGAAUUUGGACAUUUAACUUAAGCUUCAAGCAGCUUUUUAUGAGUUUGUAGCAAUCCGGUGCAGUAACUGAGCCAUUUCCUAUUUUAAAUGGCUUCUAUAGAAAAUUAACAACUCAGUUAUUAAACUAGCAGGAUCCUACAAUGAUACAUCUAGUGAAAGUAGACUUAAUUAACUUAUUUAUUUCUAUUUUAUGUUUCACUGAGAGAAAUUUCCAUCUCAUUCCAGCUGCUUUAUUUAUCUUUUUCAUGGGACUUUGCAUGGA